AUGUUGAACACCUUCUUUCAAGCAAAAAGUAAUUAUUUAGAUUCGAUUAUUGAGGAUUGGAAAAAUCUACUCGCAACAACAACAUCACCUAGUAGCUAUGGUGCUAAUGAAAAGAACAUUUCCGAGUCAUCUUUGCAAGCCAUGAUCUCUGAGGAACAACAACAAGAUACCCUUCCAGAAAGUUCAGAGGAGAAGAGGUCUCCAUCUUCUAAAUCCAACAGCAAGGAACACAAACAAACAAUGACACCACUGUAUUAUAGCCCCGAUCAUAAAGAGGUCUAUCGACCUUCACUCGACGAUAAGAUUGUGGGUACUUCGGAUGAUGAUUUAUUUGCCAUGUCACUUCGAGAUAAUGACAACCUCGAACUCACUCCAACAACCAAUACAGACACUGUCGACGAGAGUGAAAAGGAGGAUGAUGAAGAAGGAUAUUAUGAAGAAGAUAUUGACCAAAAUGCAACAGUAAUUGUAACUCCAUCGUCGACUUCAUACGCACAGGAAAAUGAAAAUAUGGAACAAGUCAACUCAAUUAUUAAGGAAACUUUUACACCUUACUAUGGAGGAUCCAUUUUAUCUUCGACUCCUGAUGGAUCCACUUCGGAUAGAAAUGUCUCGAGCACGCUUAGUGCAAGUAGCACUGCAAGAAUUUUAGAUUUUGAAAAGUUGAACGGAAGUGAAAUUUCAUUGUCUUCACCACAUUUUUCGAGUGCCAACACGCCAAUACAUGAACGAAACAUGUCCACCUCUGAACAUGCACAGCAAGACGCAUCGAAUGGCACAAUAGUUCUGAACACAUUUAUAUCUCCACAAUCACUACCGUUGAAAGUACUCGCCCAAAUGAAUAAGGAGUCAGUCACGAUACCAAGUGAAAGGCAACCAGCAACUCAGACAGACAUACAUCUCGAAGAAGCUGAACCUGGAAUGGACUUUUCACAACAAAAUAACGUUGAAAGUUCGUAUAUAGGCGAUUUUGAAAGCCCUCCUCAAUCGUCCACAUACAGCAAAUCUUCUAUUGCCUCUCCUACCUUGGUGAGCGAAGAAGAAAUUCGCAACUCGUUACUUGCAGAAGAAGAACGUUUGGAAUUCAGACCUCAGCACAAAUUUUUGAAUGACGAGAAAGAGAACGUGUUAGACCAACAAGAUUCUAAUGUCAGCAGCAAUAGAGAUAAGGAACUUAUUGAAACAUAUUCACGAAUGAAUUCUUUGGUGGAACAAAACGAAGAACUUGUACAGCAACUAUCGGCUGUGCUGAAACGAAAUGAGGAGUUGAGAAAGGCGCUCUUACUAUCGGAAACAAAGAGGAACCGAUUGUCAGAAAUUAACAAAGACCUUACUCAACAAGUGUCGCUCAGUAAGACCAAAGACGAGGAGCUUGUCUCGCACGCUAACUCUCCUCAGUUGGAAUCGGAAACUCUUUUAAAGCAAACACUUGAUGAAAGAGAAAAAUUAAUCAGCGAGUUACAAGAUGAAAUUCGCAUUGCCAAACAAGAAAAUAGUCAACUUCAAAAACUUCUCGACCCUUCUUUGUAUGAGUCCAAUAAUCAAUCCCAAAUCGAGCAGCUAAAGACUGAAAUCCGUAGUCUACAAGAUGUCAUUGAAAGUCUGAAUGUCAAGUUUAAAGACUCAAGAAGAAAGGAUGAAGAAACCAACAAAAGAAGGGAGAUUGAACUUCGAAAAGAAUACACAGUGAAAUUGUCACAAAUUGAAAAGGAACGGCAUGACAUGGAAGAAGAAAAUGUACUCCUCAAGCUAAAAAUUAAGGAACUAGAGGAACAGGUUUUGAUCGCUGGGAAUAAGGACCAAGAACACUUGUCGAGCGCUCUUGAAAAAGAAGAGGAAUACGUUCGAAAAAUAACUUUCUUGAAACAAGAGCACCUUCUACAGAUUCAAGAAUUACAACGAUCAUCUCGAGUUAAUGAACUGUCACUGAGGAAAAUCAUUGAUGAAAAAGAACUCACAAUUCAGCAGUUACAAGAGACCUUGGGAUCAGCAAUUUCAAAAGCCCCUUCGUCAUCAGAAAACACUGUUGAAUCUAUGAUUGCAUCUCAUCAUCAACAAAUCGAUAAACUUUCUCAAGAAGUGGAAGCCAAAAAUGAAACUAUUCAGAAGCAAAAUAAUCAAUUAGAAAAUGUCACCAUGGAGUUAGAAUUACUUAAACAACGAAGCUCAACUCUCUCCGGUUUAGUCGUCAAGUAUGAACGAAAAAUUCAUGACCUUGAAUUGAGCAAUGUGUUCUUCGAAGGCGAAACGAAGCGACUUCAACUUGCAAACACUCACCUUCAACAAGACAUUUCUACUGCUGCACUCGAAAAUGAGAGUUUACAGAAAGUCUAUGAAGAACAUUUUAACAGUAUUCAAGCGACGAGCAGAGAUCAUGAACAGACGAUAUCAAAGCUACAAGAAGAAAAAUUGCAAGUGAGCAAAAAGAUGUCCAUUCUCGAGGAAGAACUGAAUGUAUUACGAUCGAAAUAUGAGAAUUUGAAAUCUCUAUUCGAAAAGAGAGAAAAAUCUUUUGCUGUACAACGAGAGAAUUAUGAAUCUCAAAUCUCAAGUAUGAAACAACAUCAUGAGAAGGCCUUGAAAGAAUUGCGAGAAAAGUAUUCAAACCUCUUAGAAUCUAAAACUGAGAAGAUGACAAAUCUUGAACAAUCACACAUGAAAAUUGAAAAACAAGACCAGCUCAUGAAGAAAUUGUUAAAGGACAAGCUCAUCGAUUCUUUCAUUUACAAGAAGAUUUCAAAUCCAUCAGAAAGCAGUUUGACAGCAUGCAAGGUAAUGUGGCAUGUCUUACCAGUGAGAUUGAAAAUGUAUCUCUGGAAUCAGAAUCUGUCAAGCAAUUACUCCAAAAAGAAAUUGAGCAUUUACAAGAACGAAACAUGGCAUGUGUUCAAGUGA